AUGUAAAGAAAAAUAAUUGCAAUAUUGUUUAUCUUUUUAAUUCUUGGAUGUAAUUUGGCCAAAGAAGAGUCCUCUAAAAUUAAAAAAUGUAAGUAAUAUAAUAAGCUAUAAAUAUUUGAUUGCAUUAAAAAACAAUUAGCAAUAUCAUUUUAAUAUCAAACAAUUUCGUCUUUAGCUUCAUUUAUAACUAUUAGAAUAGCAAUAUGGUUAGCUGGUUUCUCAGCAUAUGGUCCAAUAGCUGGCUCAAUUGCAGCAUGGUUCUAAUCAGUUUUAGGAAAUGUAAUAGCAGGAUCCUUAUUCUCAUUUUUAUAAGCGGUGGCUAUGGGGAAAGCAGUUUUAUUAUUAUUACCAAGUCUAGCUAUUGGGACUAUUAUUGGAAUUAUCUAUCUAGUAUUUAGUUGUUUUACAUCAGAUACUUGUGAUUAAGAAGUUUUAGAUGAAAGCUCAAAAUAAUAUCCACAAUAAUAGCAAUAACAAUAAUAAUAACAAUAAUAAGAACAAUAACAAUAACAAUAACAAUAACAAUAACAAUAACAAUAAUAACAACAAUAAUAAGAACAAUAAUAAUAACAAUAAUAAGAACAAUAACAAGAACAAUAACAAUAAUAAUAAGAUGAAUAAUAUUGGGAUUUUUCUUGGAAAGGUAUCAAAUAAGGAUUUUCUAAUUUUGUUGCAAAAACUAUUCCAGAACAGCUUUAAAAUGCUUCAGAUAAUUUGUCAGAUUUAUAUUAAAAAGCAAAAGAUGGUAUAGAUGUAUCAAUAAAUGGAUUAUCUGACUACUUUGACUUUAUUUGGAAUAAUAGAGAAAUUAUAAAAGAUUCAUUUGAAUUUACUUUUUAAGUGUUGAAAGAAUAAUAUUAUUAUUUUUAGAUGUUGUAAAAAAAUCUAGAUGGGAUGAAGUAGUCAAGGAAAAAAGAUGUUUGUAUUAAUAGUUUCCUGGAAUAUCUUGAUGGAAUGGACAAUUCAUGA